AUGAAACAGGUACAAGUAAAUGAUGAUGAUCAAGAAUCUAUACUAUAUAUAAUAAUCCAAUCCUUACAAGCAAUAGACCACUUUAAUAUAGACAAAAACAACAAUGCAACAGAUUUGGAAAAUAUACUCUACUCGUUGAUCCAGAUGUUUCGACACUUACAGCAUGAUACAGUUCUAUCUUCCCUUCACAAAUACUCCAAGACUUUGAAACAAUCGAAUAAUGUGUUUAAAAAUAUUCUAUCAAGCCCCAUCGACUUCAAAUUGGAUCUCUCUAUUAUCCUAUUUGCAUAUCUCUCUAUCUAUCCAGACUUCGACCAGUUGAUAAUAUAUUCUGAUUUCCAAGAAAUCAUCCCAUUGGACCAAAAACAUCCACAUAACACCACAAGGGAUUCUCCCUUGCCCACCGUCUUCAGCAUCAUCAAACAGAUCGAAAAUUUUAAAACAUUUGAUAAAAAAUUGUUGUCCUUCCUAAACUGGGAUAUCUCAAGAGAAACAGUUUUAGAAAAUUGGAUUCAAUCAUCCAAAAUAUUACAAGAUUAUAACAAUAAUAGAAGUGGGAUUAGUACUACUAAUGCACCUGUUUUAUUUGAUUUACUACAGAAUGAAGUUGAUCUGCAUUUCUAUCUUAUCAACUAUAUGUCUUCAAAUAUCGAUCCGUUACAAUUCACUAUUCAUUCUGACCAUUUAAUUCUCAAAUUAUACCACAGGAUUAUCCUUCUGGAUCCAAAAUGGGUCCCCAGGAACCUUUAUAAUCAAACGGUCACCACUCUCUUAAAUAUAGACAAAGAUAUUGAUUCCGUGGAAUUCAACCUGCAGGUCCUAAUGGAAUUGAUCGACCAUCCGGAGUAUAACCUUCUAGAGAUGCCCAAAUUCGUCAUUCUUCUAUACCUCUCUCUUUCAAGAUUGAAGACCGUUCCAUCUACACAAUUACACGAAGUUCUAACCACACUGGGUACCACACAGACUCUGUUGUCUCUGCUUAAUAUGUCACAAUUCAUCAUUGCCCGAUUUCUAAAUAGUAUCUCUUUGGUCUCUAAAGGAAUACCUGAUACUGGCUCCAAAUCUGUUAAUUCUAAAACUAAGCUAUUGGACCCGUUGUAUAAAAUCCCUAGAUGGUUUCAACAAGAAAUGCUGCCUGAUAUCCCUCCAAUAUCUAAAUCCUUAUUUGUUUUCGACACCUCCAUGAAAAAUGCUAUGGCAUUAUCAUUGGUAGACAUUCUGACUAUCCUUCACCAAUGUCUAAAUUUAACAAUCAUAAUACAUAACAAUAUUAUCGAUCAAUAUUAUGCUUUGAAACUUAACGUAUUCCAAUACGAAGAGUCUAUAACUGUACAAGUAGAAUAUCUUUUGAAACAACAAUUCUUCCAAAAUAAUUAUAUACCACUUUUUUCUACUCUAUUAACUUUAAUUAACAUGUAUCCUCAUGAAAACAUCCACAAAAACAGCAAUAGAAGUACUCUUAACGACUCAUCCUCCAUGCCUGUUAAGGAUCAAUUCUACCAAAUGCUUUAUAACUCCAAUUUCACACUACACAAUAUCAAAAAAUUAAUUACUUUCAAUUCAAUAAAAUAUAUUGAGUCAUUAAUUACAUCAUAUAAAGAUAUCGCAUUAUAUCAUUUGCUUAAAUUCAUAUCUCUAAUUUCACAAGAAAAUCUAUUUUUACAAAAAAUUUCUAUAAAGAUUCUGAACCAUUUGUUCUUUCAUAAUAAUGAUAACGAUUUCAUUUUGACAUUAUGUCAAAAAAAUGAAUUAUCAUUUAAUGAACUUUCCACAUAUAUUAAACUUUGGAAUGACGGUACAACAAAUUACACAUUAUUUUAUUCCGAACUAUUAAAUGAAAAACAACCAAUGGUCGAUAUUGGAAAAGUCUCUUUAAGAAAACUACAGAAAUUGAUUCCAAAUUUGGAUAAAGUGAUAAAAUAUCACGAAAAUCAAAAACAAAAAGUCGUUACACAUUAUGUUGAUAAAUCAAAGGAUUUUAAAGAUUAUACCUCUUCUAUCCCUUCAAAUGAGUAUAAUUUUGCCUAUCAGACAAUUGACAUAAUCAAAAAUAAUAUAACUAACAAUUAUAGCAGUAACAACAACACUAACACUAAUAACGCCAAUAGCAAUAACAAUACCCAACCAGGCUCCUUCCCACAAACAAUUCAGCCUACUCCACAAAAGAGGAUGAAAAAUUACAUGUCAGUCAAUAAAUACGAUGCAUACACUGCACCAACAUUUAUUCCUUCAGGAAAUAACAGUAUGAACAAUAGUACCUUAAUUAAUACAAAUAACACGUUUAACAAUAACAUCAAUAAUACUCAUGAUACUCUUUUGAAUGGUUGUUAUACACCACAAGCACAACAACUUAUCAAUUCUGGAAGUAAUAUUUACUCCACUCCAUUGACAUACAUUCAACAACAACAACAAUCUAUGACAUCUAAUUUCAAUGGCAUUAACAUGGAUAAUUCUAAUCCAAUGAACAUGAAUUUUCAAGGUAUGAAUCAAAAUGAAAUAUAUAAUAACACACAAGGAAAUUUUCCAAUACAAUCUAGUUUCAUGGGCACUUCUCAAAACGUAUCUCUAUCAGGUAAUAACAAUAAUAAUAUUCAAAUGUUAUCUCCAACUAAUGUCAUGUUUGCAUCUCCAUGGAAUGAUUCCUCUACGAUGAGUUUGAAUACACCACAAAAUAAGAUUGUUAAUACAGGCAAAGACUAUAUUCUUGGCGGACACCAUCGAAUGCAAAACAAUAGCAGAGCACAAUCCAUCCAUAUAGAUCAGUUUGAGAAUAUUUAA